UUGUGUUCCAGUCCUCCUGCUUUGCCCAAGAGGAUUGGGAGUGGAGUGGACACCAGCAGAAGCACCAUUUAUUCCUGUAGAGAUUAGAAACAAGGAGCUUAUUGCCCUGCUUGUCAAGGCUCAGGACAGAGAGGAGGAAGAAACAAGUAUAAAGGUUUUGGUUUUGGAAAGAAGUUGGAAUCUCCUGACUCUGGGACCUUAAGAUCCACAAAAUUGCUGAAAGAAAAAGUACUACCUUAUUGAAAGGAUGAAGAAACACGAAAGGAUUAUGACUACAUGCUGGAUCAUCCAGAAGAGUACUACAGGCAUUACUACCACUACUACAGCAGGCGCUUAGCUCCUAAAGUGGAUGUUAGGGUAGUGAUUUUGGUCAGCGUGUGUGCUAUUUCAGUGUUUCAGUUUUUUAGCUGGUGGAAUAGCUAUGAUAAGGUAAUCAGCUACCUAGCCACUGUGCCCAAGUACCGCAUCCAAGCUACGGAGAUCGCCAAGCAGCAGGGACUGCUCAAAAAAGCCAAAGAAAAAGGCAGAAACAAAAAGUCCAAAGAGGAAAUUCGUGACGAGGAGGAGAACAUCAUAAAGAACAUUAUAAAAAGUAAAAUAGAUAUAAAAGGAGGCUAUCAGAAACCCCAAAUACGUGAUCUUCUCCUGUUUCAAAUUAUCUUAGCUCCUUUUCAUCUGUGCACAUAUAUAGUCUGGUAUUGCCGGUGGAUCUAUAAUUUUAACAUCAAAGGCAAAGAAUAUGGGGAGGAAGAGAGACUAUAUAUCAUACGUAAAUCUAUGAAGAUGUCGAAGUCUCAAUUUGAUAGUCUAGAAGAUCAUCAGAAAGAAACUUUUCUUAAACGAGAGCUCUGGAUAAAGGAGAAUUAUGAGGUCUACAAACAAGAACAAGAGGAAGAAUUAAAGAAGAAACUGGCAAAUGACCCCAGGUGGAAGAGAUACAGGAGAUGGAUGAAGAAUGAAGGGCCUGGACGGUUAACAUUUGUGGAUGACUGAAGGCUGAUGGAAUGCUACUAUGCCAAACCCUAAUUGUGAUAUUAUUUUCAUAAACUGAAUUAUUUUAGAAAGUAUCAACUGCUCCUCAGCAGCAACUAAAAUUCCUCAAGAAUUUUAAACAGAAUGUAGAAAUUUAAACUUUCCCUUAAAACUUUAUACAUAAGACAUUUAUGAUUGUUCAGUUUUUAUACUCUAUUUGUGGAUUUGUUAAAAGAUUUGAUGUGAAGAUUUAUUAGUUGCCAUUUAAAAAUUUUAUAUGUUUGGUUAAAAGAUUUGACAUGAAAAUUUAUUAGAAAUCAUUUAAAAUUUUUUUUGUGUUAAGUGUUUAUUCUUCAAGAGUGUUUCCUUAUUCUUUGUUAUAGAGCUACAUUUUUCUGCUUUCAUGGCCUCUAUGUUUUCACAAAACAAAAAAUUAUAAUAGAAUUUAAUUACAUUAUUGUGAGUGUCUUUCUAGACACAAAUUUCUCCAGCAGAAUGAUUCAACUAUCAUGUUGUCUUCAUUAUGGUCAUUACAGGAUUGAAUUAUGUUGAAAAUAACCUCUCUAGGAGAGUAGAAUGUCUUUAUAAUAUUUCUCCCCCAGUCAUUAUAAUCUCAUUAUAAUAUUCUCAUAAGAUCAGAAACUCUCCACGAGAGUGAGUCUACCCUCAUGUCCUUGUAGGAUGAUAUUGAUUACAGUCUCAUUAUAGGACUAUAACUGUAUUCUCAAACAUUUCUCCAGAAAGGACCUUGUAAAAAGGUGUUUUGUACAACAUUGCUCUUUUUUUUCUUUUUCUUUCUCUCUCCAGUUUUAAAAAAAUGGCAGGGCAGAAGUGGUAUACCGAAAAGUUGUUCAUAUAUUCUGAAGUCCUUGAGCAGUGAAAAAUCCAUUGUAUAUGAUAGCAUUUACAUGCAUUUAAACCAAAAGAAGAGGUUCAUGGCUGUGUGCUGUUCUAUCAACCAAUGAAACAAAUAUUUUUAUACCUGUGGAAAUGAAAGUAAAUGAUACAUAAUUUGACUGAAUCAAGCAUGAUACUGCACCAAAGUAUGGAUACACAUUCAUGGUAGUGAAUCAAUAUUCCUGUUAAAGGAUUUAUCCCAUUGCUUCAUAUUAAUAAAAUGGUUGCAAUUUA